CAGGUUGUUCAGAGAAGUUUGUCAGGACAAGUCAGUUUUAAUGAUAUGGAAUGUGAAGAGGCAGGGGCUCAACAUUGCAGGGCCUGUGCACUCUUGACAGAGGUAUACACUAGUAAGUGACUGUUCGUAUUUUAGUAUGUUAGUACUUUCCACAGAGUGAUCAUGGCUGAGUACAAGCUAGAAGUGACUACAGGUGACAUGCAAUAUGCAGGAACAUGGGACCACCUGUAUGUCACCUUGUUUGGAACUAAAGGGCAGAGUGAGCGGACUGAGUUGAACAACUUUGGUACUGACUUUACUACUGGGACAACAGGGACCUACACCAUGAACACCAGUUUGUCUCUGGGGAACCUUCUGCUGGUCAAGGUGGAGAAAGAUCCUUUCUUUAUUCUACCAGAAGAUGAAUGGUACUGCUCCAAAAUAGUGGUGACAACUCCAGAAGGAGAUGUCCUUCUUUUCCCCUGUUACAGAUGGAUCUCCAGAGGAGAACUGGUGGAGCUGAGAGGAGGAAGAGCCAUCAAGGUAUUUGAGGAGGACCAACCCCUGUUGAUUGACCAUCGAAAAAAAGAACUGCUAGUCAGAAAGGACAUUUACCAAUGGAAAACCAUGGCUGAAGGAAUACCCCACCAGAAUAAUUUCGAUGAUGGGUCUGAGCUCCCAGCUGAAAUCCGGUUCUCUAAAUCCAAAUCAACUGAAAUAAGUAAUACAAAAACAAAACUAGGUCUUGAACUCAAGCUUAAGGGGCUGCUUGGAACUGCUGAAAAUUGGGAAACCAUUGAAGACAUGAAAAACAUCUUCUGGUACAAAAGAACAACAAUGUCAGAGUAUGUUGCAGAACACUGGAUGGAAGAUGACUUUUAUGGAUUCCAGUUUCUGAACGGAAUCAACCCCACCAUGAUCAAGCGCUGCUCAGAGCUACCCUCAAACUUUCCAGUCACAGAAGAGAUGGUGAAGUCGUUCCUGGAAGAGGGAAGCUCUCUGGAGAAAGAAAUGGAGAAAGGUAACAUCUUCCUCUAUGACCAAAAGAAGAUGGAUGGGAUGCAAGGUAGACUCCACAAUGGUGAACGCCUGCACGUGACUGCUGGACUGUGUUUGUUUUACAUGAACCCAAAUAACAAACUGAUACCAAUUGCAAUACAGCUGCAUCAAAAACCUUCCGAGGAGAACCCCAUCUUUCUGCCCAGUGACACGGAGACUGACUGGCUGCUAGCCAAGAUGUUUAUUAAAAAUGCAGAUACCAUGGAUCAUGAAUCAGUCCAUCAUCUCAUGAACACUCACUUUCUGGCAGAAGUCUAUACUCUUGCCACUCUCCGCAACUUUCCUGUGAUUCAUCCCCUCUACAAGCUGCUGUUUCCACACUUCCAGGACACUCUCUUUGUAAACACUUGUGCAAAAAGCAUAAUCUCAUGGAAGAGAA